AUGUCCAUGGUCAGACUACUCCGACUAACGUCAGGAACCCCGUCCAGCUCGAAGAAAUCUCAGAAGAGAAAGAGAGACCUCGAUGGCUCCACCGUCUCUACCUCGACACCAACACCGACCAAGAAACCCAAAAAAAAUCAGGAAAGUCGAAAGAAGCGAAGGCGAUCUGAGGCUACGGAGGACGUUGCUGUUCAAGAGAAAUCCGGCAAAGCGACUGCUCCAGGCAAAGACGACGGCCUCGCUAAGAAGAAGAAGAAAUCGAAGGAUAAGAAACACCGAACCGGAGCGGCUGGCGAUGCGGCUGAAGAGGAUGCAGAUAUGAAAGAUGCGGUCUACGACGCAGACGACACCGAAAAGGCCCCACGCAGUCCUGAGCCCGCAUCGGGGGACGAGGCCAACACCAAAGUCGCAAAGAACAAGUUCGCUGGCAUUCUAUCGAAAUUCGAGAAGUCAAAGAAGGCGAGGGAGCUGGAAAAAUCACGGGAGAUCGAAACGGAUGUUGCAGAGUCCACCGACCCAACGACGGCUGAGCCGGUUGUUGCGCAAGGUUUGGAGCCGCUGCCGCAGCCUGAAGCAGCCCCUGAAUCGGACGAGAAGCCAGCAUACUCCUCUCUUCCUCCCUGGCUGGCCAAUCCUUUGCGUGCAUCUGCUCAGGAAAGAAGCAAAUUCUCUGACUUGGGCAUCGACUCUACCCUCCUUCGGGCUCUGGAGGACAAUGGCUAUAAAGAAGCAUUUGCUGUGCAGUCCACCGUCAUUCCCCUCCUUCUGCAGGGACCUAAAAAUCACCCUGGAGAUGUUUGCAUCUCCGCUGCCACUGGAUCAGGAAAAACUCUGUCUUACGUGCUCCCGUUGGUCACAGCGUUGGAGCCGGUCCCUGCUCCCCGUCUCAGGGGUCUUAUCGUGGUACCUACUCGUGAACUGGUGAAGCAAGCAAGAGAGGCUUGUGAACUCCUAGCCGCGGGAUCUGGCCUCCGCGUCGCGUCUGCAGUGGGUAAUGUGGCGAUCAAAGAGGAACAACGGUCAUUGAUGCGUGUCGACCAAGUCUAUGGCCCUGCGACCUUCAAGCUCCGCCAAAAUGUUCAGUUGACGGGCGAAGAUUGGACUAACUUUAGUCUCCAGGACUAUAUUUCUGAUGCUGGAGAUCUCAGCGAGUCUUUGCCGGGCUACGUCCACCGGUCUGAGCCUAAUGUUGACAUCCUCAUCUGUACUCCCGGUCGUCUGGUUGACCAUCUCCGCUACACCAAGGGAUUUACGUUGAAAAACCUUGAAUGGCUCGUAAUUGAUGAAGCAGAUCGGCUUCUUAACGAGAGCUUCCAGGAAUGGGUAGAUGUGAUCAUGACCUCCUUGGAUGCCCGGAAAUCGCCUGAAGCUUUUGGCUCCAGUGGGAACUUUUUGUCUGGACUCGGACUCCCUAUCCAGAGUAAAGACCCGCGAAAGGUUAUCCUGAGUGCCACCAUGACUAGGGAUGUAACAAAAUUGAAUUCCCUGCGCCUCGCAAAUCCUAAGAUGGUCGUCAUUGGCUCUGAUGCUGCUGCUGCGGAUGAAGAUGAGAAUGGUGUCAUUGCUGUCUCGGACGAGCAGUUCACUCUCCCCUCUACCUUGAAGGAAUACUCACUGUCGGUUGCCGAUGAAGCACAGAAGCCACUAUAUCUCCUUCGUCUCUUGCUGUCACACAUCAAAAUUGAAACGAAGAACACCAAGCCUUCCAAGCCUGUGUCCAAAUCCGACGAAACCAGCUCUGAUGAGACCAGCUCUGACGAAUCGAGCUCUGACUCCGAUUCUGACUCUGACGACAGCUUAGAUGACACAAGCUCCGAUGGUUCGGGUUCGGACUCUGACUCUGACACAAGUUCUGAGUCGGCAUCAGACUCCGAUGACACCUCAGACGAUGAAACAUCUAGCGAUGAAUCCGACUCGGAUAGCGAUUCCGAAUCGGACGGCGAAGAGACAGCCAAACCGAGCAAGUCCCCUACCCAGACAACCGCCCUGGUCUUUACCAAGUCAUCUGAAUCUGCCUCGCGUCUGGCUCGUCUCUUGGCACUGGUGGAACCCUCUCUGGCAGACCGCAUCGGCACUAUCAUCAAGUCUAACAAGUCAUCUGCCUCGCGCAAGACUCUUACGGCGUACCGCCAAGGCAAAAUCUCCAUCAUUAUCGCGACGGACCGUGCCUCGCGUGGUCUGGAUCUGCGGUCGCUCACGCACGUUGUCAACUACGAUAUCCCGACUAGCAUCACAACAUACGUGCACCGGGUUGGUCGUACAGCGCGUGCUGAGCAAGAGGGAUCCGCCUGGACGCUUGUCGCACAUCGGGAAGGCAAGUGGUUCGCCAGCCAAAUAGCCAAGGGGUCUGACGGCAAGAUCACCCGGUCUACCAAGAUUGAGAGGCUUCCCAUCACGUUGGGCAACAUGAAGGAGGUCAAGUUGAGGUAUGCAUCCGCUCUGGAUGUGCUUGAGACGGAGGUGAAGACGGGGGGGACCAAAAGUGGCAAGCCCAAAGCGUCGUGAUGAUUAUUUUGUGAAUAGUGGUGUCGAGAGCGGAUAGGCGUCAGUGAGGAGACAAAUGUAUAUACUUAUCCCAGUAGUAGGAAGGAAAUAGAUUCGAGUG